UCUUUUUCUACAGAUGUAUCUUUUAUAAAUGUAUCUUCCCUUUUCUUAAACCCUUUAAAAGCCCUAGCUGCUGAUACUCAGAGGCUACCAAAGCGAAGCACAACACAAAACAGAGUAAACUGUAGAUUUCCCGUGAGCUCGUAACGUCUAGCGAGCCAUGGGCAGUUCUGUAAAUUUGAAGAAAAACUUUCGAGGCAUUCCUGCUCUACAAAAAUUCUACACGGGGGGACCUUACAGGCUUUCUUCAGAUGCUUCUUUUCUAGUGUGCGCUUGUGACGACGAAGUUAAGAUUGUGGAGGUGGCGAAUGGCUUCGUCAGAAGCACUUUGGAGGGAGAUUCCGAGCCUAUCACUGCAUUGGCACUUACCCCUGACGAUAAAUUACUCUUUGCCGCCAGUCGAAGCGCGCAAGUUAAACUCUGGGAUUUAUCUUCUUUCACCUGCAUUAGAUCGUGGAAGGCGCAUAGUGGUCCCGUGGCAGACAUGACUUGUGAUGCUUCUGGAGGAUUGCUUGCAACUGCUGGUGCUGACAGAAAUAUUCUUGUGUGGGAUGUGGAUGGAGGUUUCUGCACGCAUUCUUUUAGAGGCCACCAAAUGGGUGUUACAACGGUUCUAUUUCAUCUGGAUCCUCGUGGACGCCUUGUGCUGAUCUCUGGAAGUACAGAUGCCACAGUACGAAUAUGGGAUCUCAAAGCUAAGAAGUGCAUUGCUGUGCUUGAAAAACAUUUUUCCGUUGUGACUAGCUUGGCAAUCUCUGAAAAUGGAUGGAUUCUUCUUAGUGCUAGUAGAGAUAAGGUGGUGAACAUAUGGGACCUGCAUGAUUAUCACUUCAGGGAGACAAUACUGACAUAUGAACCAUUAGAAACCGUGUGUGUGAUUCCAAGUGUAUCUAAGCUGGUGUCUGGCCUGAGCCAAAAGCAAUUAUCACGUAAAAAGGAAAAGAAAAGUGAUGUAUAUCCAGUGCACUUUCUGACUGUUGGGGAACGUGGCAUUAUUCGUAUAUGGUUUUCUGAAGGUGCCAUAUGCUUAUAUGAGCAGAAGUCUUCAGAUGCAAUUAUUAGUUCUAAUGAAGAUGAAUUGAAGGGAGGUUUUGUAUCUGCUGUCUUGCAACCCUCGGCCCAAGGAGUUUUGUGUGUUACUGCUGAUCAGCGCUUUCUGUUCUAUGACUUGGUGGAGAGUGAUGAAGAUGAAUGUGACUUGAGGCUCACCAAACAGCUUAUAGGUUACAAUGAGGAGGUAGUGGACUUGAAGUUUGUUGGAGAAGAGGAGAACCUCCUUGCAGUGGCAACAAAUUCGGAGCAGCUGCGUGUGUAUGAAUUGGCCUCCAUGGCAUGCACCUAUGAAUUGAAAGGGCAUACAGGCAUAGUUCUUUGUCUUGAUAGUGUUGCUGUUUCUGGAAAAGUACUUUUAGCUUCAGGGGCCCAAGAUCACUCGGUAAGAGUCUGGGACACAGAGAGUAGAUCGUGCUUAUGUGUGGCAACAGGCCACAUGGGUGCCAUAGGAGCUGUUGCCUUCUCAAAAAAAGCCAAGAACUUUUUUGUCAGUGGAAGCAGUGAUCGCACAAUCAAAUUGUGGAAUCUAGCUAAUGUGCUAGAAUCUAAUGGUGCUGAAGAGCCAGCCAAGCUCACUUCACAGGCAACUGUUGCAGCUCAUGACAAGGACAUAAAUUCUGUGGCAGUUGCACCAAAUGACAGUCUUGUCUGUACUGGGUCUCAGGAUAAAACUGCUCGUGUGUGGAGGCUUCCGCAUUUAGUACCAUUGAUGGUUUUAAGAGGCCAUAAAAGGGGAGUUUGGUGUGUAGAAUUUUCUCCUGUAGACCAAUGUGUGAUGACAGCAUCUGGUGACAAGACAAUCAAAAUAUGGGCAUUAUCAGAUGGGUCAUGCUUGAAGACUUUUGAAGGACAUACUGCAAGUGUAUUGCGAGCUUCAUUCCUAACUCGUGGGACACAGUUUAUCUCUUCUGGUGCUGAUGGCUUGUUGAAGUUGUGGACAGUUAAGUCAAAUGAAUGUAUUGCAACUUUUGACCAGCAUGAGGACAAGAUCUGGGCCUUGGCUGUUGGCAAGAAGACAGAAAUGCUUGCAAGUGGUGGCAGCGAUUCUCUUGUAAAUCUGUGGCAUGAUUGUACUGCUGCAGAUGAGGAGGAAGCUCUUCUCAAAGAGGCUGAAGAAACACUGAAAGACCAAGACUUGGCAAAUGCUCUAGCAGAUACUAAUUAUGUCAAAGCAAUUCAACUUGCAUUUGAACUAAGGAGACCAUAUAAGCUCCUUAAUAUCUUUACGGAACUUCAGAGAAUACGGCAUGAAGAGAAUCAUAUGCGUACUGUGAUAAGUAGCCUUGGGAAAGAAGAAGAAAGAUUGCUUUUAGAAUAUGUUCGAGAAUGGAAUACAAAGCCAAAAUUUUGUCAUGUUGCCCAGUUUGUGUUAUUUCAUCUUUUUAGUGUCCUUCCUCCAUCAGACAUCAUGGAGGUGCGAGGCAUUAAUGAACUCUUGGAGGGUCUUAUACCAUAUUCACAACGACACUACAGCAGAAUAGAUCGGUUUGUGAGAAGCACAUUUCUGUUGGAUUACACCCUUGCAUCAAUGUCUGUUCUCACUCCUCCAGAGACAGUUUUGCCAUCUGACUUACCAUUUAGGACAUCUACAGAAAAAGAACAGCAUCAAUGUUCAGUCACCAAAGCAAAUUUGACUACUGUGGAGCCUAUUUUGGAAUCAGAGAAAAUUGAAUCUGCAGAAAUUGUAAUGGCAAGUUUCGACAGGGAAAAAGUGUCUCGUAAUCAUAUGGACAAAACUACAGAUGGAGAUUAUAAAAUGGAUUAUACAGGAAAUCUUAAUUGUGAGCCCAGUGUGGCACCGCUUGGUUCAUCCAAGAAGCGUAAGUCUGUCAGCUCAAGAAAAAGAAAAUCUAGUGCAAUUGUAAAUGACGAUUUAACAAAUGGUACGAGUGCAAAUUCAACCACUAUUGCACUUCAAUGUUCUGCUUGCCAUUGACUCAAUAUCAAAAUUUGAACUGGGUAACAUAAAUUCAGAACCAAAUAGCGGUAUUUUUAUUUUAAAAAGAACUAAUCCCUCAUGCUUGACUUGAAAGAGAAGGAAUUGCAUGCACGGGUUAAAGUUGCAAGACAGACAGAAUCAGUGUAACCUUAGUCUUGUUGCCUUACAUUUGUUCUCAUCAUGUUUUGUUGAAAUUUGAGUGUUGCCUCUGAUGGCAUCCAGUGCUCCAAAGCAUGUAUUAUUAUCUAAUUUUAUUCAUAGCUUUUUCUUAAUACUCAAAGAGUCAAAAGGACUCCAUUUUUGUCGUGGUGGUCUAAAUCAGUCAUUGAAGCACAAGUUUUCCUUGUAUAUUCAAUAUACAAUUUUUUCCUGCAGAAUUUGUAAUCUUCAAAUUGGCCUUAUAGGGUCAGUUUAAGCAAUGUCGUUUAGAUAUAUUUUCAAGA